AACAUGUCCACCCCUCUCUCCAUCCUCAUCGUAGGCGCUGGCGAGCUGGGCGAGGCUAUCCUAACCGCCCUAGCCCAGCACCCAGCCCGCCCCUCCGAGACCCCGCUCCACAUGCUCCUCCGGUCCGAGUCCAUCAACGCCCCGUCACCAGCCAAGCAGGCCUCCAACACCAGGCUCCAGUCCCUAGGCGCACAUCUCGUCCCUGGCAACUUUGUUGAGGAUGAUGUCUCUGUUCUCGCGGCUACUUUUGGGAGAUACGAUGUUGUGAUCCAAGCUGGCGGGUAUGGGUUGCCCAAGGGAACGCAGUUGAAGUCGGCGGCGGCGGCUUUGCAGGCUGGUGUGAAGCGAUACUUCCCAUGGCAAUUUGGCGUAGACUAUGAAGCCAUAGGCCACGGCAGUGCCCACGAGCUCUUCGAUGAGAUGCUCCAGGUCCGUCACUUGCUACGAUCCCAGCACAGCACGCACUGGACCAUCAUCUCGACAGGCCUGUUCAUGAGCUACCUUUUCCUGCCAGACUUUGGCGUCGUGGACCUCGAGGCCAGCAGCCCGACGGUGCGGGCCUUGGGCAGCUGGGAAAACAAGGUGACGGUGACGACGCCUGUUGAUAUUGGGCGUAUGACGGCCGAGAUGGUGUGGCACCCUGAGAGCACGCUGGACCGGGUGGUUUAUAUUGCCGGGGAGACGGUGUCGUAUGGACAGCUAGCGGAUAUUCUGGAGGAGACGCUGGAGUUGGGGCUGGCGAGGGAGGAGUGGAGGAUGGAUUUUCUCAGGGCAAGGCUGAGGGAGAAUCCAGAUACUUUGUGGUACAAGUAUCAGUGCAUCUUUGGGGAUGGGAAGGGUGUGUCGUGGGAUUUGCAUGAGACACUAAAUGGGCAGAGGGGAAUUAAGAUGAUGACGGUCAAGGAGUAUGUUCUAGCUACGUUCAGUAUCAGACCAUAGGUUCACCAUAUGAUAUCCUGUAUAAUAG